GUUAGAAUAAGUUCUGAUGGCUCUAAUAUAACUCUAAUCUUUGCCGUAUUUUGUUUGAAUUGAAUUGUGAUUUAAGGUUUGAAAUCCAACAUGCCCCGGGAAUUCAAUAUUUUAAACAUCAUCGGCAAAUUUUCAAAACAAUAUGGCAAUUUACCUGACAGAUACAUAAAACGAGCUUCAGAGCAGGUUUACUGGAAAACUCCUCGUGGAAAGCCUCAGUAUCUUCCUAGGACAGUGCAACGCAGAAAGUUUCUUUUUACGACUAAUCGUCCAUGGACUCAAGAAUUUUAUUUGGAAAAUGCGCCUGGAUCAACAGUAAACAAAGUACAUGUUGAACCGAUUAAAGAAUGGUCCUUCUUCCGUGGUGAUCGGGUCGAAGUUCUAGUUGGUCGCGACAAAGGAAAACAGGGAAUAGUGAAGCAGAUUUUUCAAGAGAGAAACUGGAUUACUGUCGAGGGCCUUCAUACAAAAAUAACAAUGUAUGGAAAGUCUAAAGAUUUUGAAGGUAUACCGACUUUAAAAGAAAAACCACUUCUAGUUACGCGGGAGGUUGCUCUGGUCGAUCCAAGUGAUUUGCAAGCGACUAAAAUUGAGUGGAGGUAUACAGAAAGUGGAGAAAAAGUUCGAGUCUCUCGACGAACGGGAAGAGUAAUCCCUAUUCCAGCCUCAGACAUGGAAACAAUAGACUAUAAACUUCCAAAUCUUUACAAACCUGCCGAUAAAGAUACCAAAAAAGAAGAUGUUGAGAAAAUUACUUUCACGCCUGAAUUGAAGACUUUUGAAAUGGACAUUAUGGACAAAAUGGGCAUUAAGGAAGAUCGAAUUCCACAAAAAUGUUACUGGUAUUAGAAUUACUGUUACUUUUUGUAU